ACGCCGGGGUGGGGGUCACGUGGCGGGGCGUGACGUCGCGGGGCGUGACGUCACGCGGAGGCCGGCGGUGUUGAGGUCGGACGCAGGCGCAGGCCGGGUCGAGCCCAGAGGAGCCGAACCCGGGCCGAGGGGAGCCGAGCCGGAACCGAACGGAACCGAGCCGGAACCGAGAGGACCCGAGCGGAGCCGAACCUGAACAGAGAGGAGCCGAACGGAGCCGAACCGGAACCGAGAGGAGCCGAACGGAGCCGAACCGGGGCCGAACCGGACCCGAGCGGAGCCGAACCCGACCCGAACGGACCCGAAGCGGAGCGGAGCCGCCGCCGCCGCCGCACGAUGAUGAACGCGGACCUGCGCAGGGAGCGCGCCGCCGCCACCUUCCAGCCCGAGCUGCUCACCCACAUCCUGGACGGCGGCGCCGAGCGUACCCGGCGCCGCAAGGAGAUCGAGGCCUUAGUUAUUAAUGACCCUGACUUCCAGCACGAGGAUUUGAACUUCCUCUCCCGCAGCCAGCGCUAUGAGCAAGCCAUCAGGAAGAGCUCUCUGAUGGUUAUGAAGUUAAGAGAAUAUGGCAUUGCAGAUCCGGAGGAGAUCUACUGGUUUAAAAGCUUUGUUCAUCGAGGACGGCCUGAGCCUCUGGAUCUUCAUCUGGGCAUGUUCCUCCCCACCCUUCUCACCCAGGCAACCCCAGAGCAGCAGGAUCGCUUCUUCAUGCCUGCCUGGAACCUGGAGAUCAUUGGCACCUAUGCCCAGACUGAAAUGGGCCAUGGAACUCAUCUCCGAGGGCUAGAAACCACAGCUACUUAUGACCCCGCUACCCAGGAAUUCAUCCUCAACAGCCCCACUGUGACCUCUAUUAAGUGGUGGCCGGGUGGACUUGGAAAGACCUCGAACCAUGCCAUUGUUCUGGCUCAGCUCUACACUCAGGGCCAGUGCAAAGGACUGCAUGCCUUCAUCGUUCCCAUACGGCAGCUGGGCACCCAUGAACCUCUGCCAGGUAUUACAGUGGGUGACAUCGGGCCGAAAUUUGGUUAUGAUGAAAUGGAUAAUGGCUACUUGAAGAUGGACAACUUCAGAAUUCCUCGGGAAAACAUGCUGAUGAAAUAUGCCCAGGUUGAACCAGAUGGCACCUAUGUGAAACCACUCAGUGACAAGCUAACCUAUGGGACCAUGGUGUUCAUCCGAUCUCUCAUUGUAGGAGAUUCUGCUCGCUCUCUGUCCCGGGCUUGUACCAUUGCCAUCCGCUACAGCGCAGUGAGACACCAGUCCGAGCUAAAGCCAGGGGAACCAGAACCCCAGAUCUUGGAUUAUCAGACCCAACAGUACAAACUCUUCCCUCUCCUGGCAACAGCAUAUGCUUUUCAUUUCGUGGGAGCCUACAUAAAAGACACCUAUCGGCGCAUUAGUGGAGACAUCAAUGAAGGGGAUCUGAGUGAGCUGCCAGAGCUCCAUGCGCUGACAGCAGGACUGAAGGCUUUCACUUCCUGGACUGCCAAUGCUGGUAUUGAGGAGUGUCGAAUGGCCUGUGGUGGGCAUGGCUAUUCUCGUUGCAGUGGCAUUCCUGACAUCUACGUCACAUUCACCCCAUCCUGCACCUAUGAGGGAGAAAACACAGUCAUGAUGCUGCAGACAGCCAGAUUCCUUGUAAAAAGCUACAACCAAGUUACUGCUGGUCAGCGGGUUUCUGGCAUGGUGUCCUACCUUAACGAUCUCUCCAGGCAACGCAUUCAGCCACAGCACGUGGCUGCAAGGACCGUGAGUGUGCGCAUUAAUGAUCCAGUCAGCUUGGUAGAGGCCUACAAAGCACGGGCUGCCCGGCUUGUAGAAGCUGCGGCAAAGAACUUGCAAGCUGAACUGAACCACAGAAAGAGCAAGGAGGAUGCCUGGAACAGAACUUCUGUUGACCUCGUGCGAGCAUCUGAGGUACACUGUCACUAUGUGAUAGUGAAGCUUUUCACAGCAAAGCUGUCUGAGAUCAGCAAUGCAGCAGUCCGUGCUGUCAUGACUGAGCUAUGUCUCCUGUACGCGCUGUAUGGGAUCAGUAAGAACGCAGGGGAUUUCAUGCAGGCGGGUAUUUUGACAGAUGCCCAAAUUACUCAAGUGAACCAGCGCGUGAAGGAGCUCUUGGCAAUAAUUCGUCCCAACGCAGUAGCAUUGGUAGACUCCUUUGACUUUCACGACACUCACCUUGGAUCUGUGCUUGGCCGGUAUGAUGGCAAUGUCUACGAGAACAUGUUUGAGUGGGCAAAGAAAUCUCCACUGAACAAAACAGAGGUUCACGAGUCUUUCCACAAACAUCUGAAGCCGAUGCAAGCCAAGCUGUGAAGCCUGCUGGUUUUUAAAAUGCACAAUUUUCCUGCCCUGAAAACUGGAUGUUUGUGUCCUUUCUUCAGGCACCUGAAUCAAACCUUCCAAAUCCUGGUAGCUGUAGGACAGUGAAUAAUUGUAGCCUUUAUUUCCCCUUUUAUAAAUUGAGAAGGUGUUUGGGGAGAGUGCAUAGGGAUUGAUGCCUGUUUUUAAAGUGCAAUUAUAAUGGUAAAAUUAACCUUUUAAAAUCUGGGAAAGCUUUAUGGAUUCAUACAAGAAUUGCUUUUGUGAAGCUGCUAACUAGAGAGAAGUUCCUGUCAACUGGAAAGGUAGCAGGAUUUUACUACUAAGUAGUUAACAGCCCUCAGGCAAUAGCUUCAAAUGAGCAGUUACGUCUUCCCCCUCCCCAAAAAGCAUUGAUGUUUUGAUAUAUAUAUUUAUAAGGUUAGCACCAACUCUCUCCUUGUUUAACAAAUGUCUAUGCUAUCUAAAGCCUCCCACAUAGUUCUCUGUGCAGAAAGUCUGCAUGUAGCAUUACUUCCCUGAUGUAGCUGGGAAGUAAAUACCCAUCCUUGUCUGGAGCUCUGCUUCAGUCUUCUUUCCAGAAGACAUCUUCAUGUUUUCCAAUACAUCCUUGUUUCACUGCCCUGCAGAAACUCCCUUUACCUGUGUGCCAUCUCUAACGCUGUCACCUUACUCUUUGUUAAUAAGAAGUAAAAGGAGAAAACAGUGAUGCUGCUCUGAGAACAAAACAAGUAGUAGUAACCAGCUAGAUGCUGAUAAUAGACGUCCUGCCCGUCUUUUAACUGUUGAUAUUUUCAUAGCACUAUCUCAAAGCACUUUACAAAUGUUAAUUAUGGUGAUUUGAUGUGAAAAACCACAUGUAGUGGUGGAAACUGCAAAUUUGACAUGGAAGGAUGAAGCCAGUAUUCGAGGGCAGAAAUCAGUUGGCCGAGGUCCUUGGAUCUUCAGAUUGUUCCGGGAUGUUCUGGUUUUAAAAGCCAUUCUUGAAGAAAACAAUCCUAAGCGAAGUGUCCAGAUUUUUUUUCCCCACCAAUGCAUUUCCAAGGAGCUUUCUCUGAUUUUCUUAAUUUUUUUAUAUUGACUUGCGACUUGCACAGUGCUGUUUGGAUUAACAGAUGAUUUCGUUUUUAACAGAACCUCCUGAUGUCUGUCCAAUGAAAUCAGUGCAACUACAACUAAACAAAAUUACUGCUGUCUUUCAACACCAAUAACUCUGUCCAGUGACAAUAAAACCUUUCUUCAAGAGAUGAGUAACUCUGAGAUUAAAAUGGUGAAAAGCUUCAGUAUAAACCUGUAGUUCUGAGGCAGCAUCUGAGAAGCUGCUUCUGACAGCUUUGGUAUCUGUUGGAGUCUCUAAUUUUGGAUCACUUAUCAUGGAGGAGUGUUUCCUGAUACUAACAAUCAUUAGACAGGAUCUUUAGCUUCAUACACAAUAGCUCAAGAGAAAGAAAAGCUUAAAUUUAAAUGGCUUAAAAAAAAAAGGCAAACAUGAAACAUGCCUUUUGGCUUUCGAGUCAGGUUUUGAAUGAAACCACUGCUGUUUAGGUUACCAAGUGAGGCAAAUUGCUUUGCUUUCCAUCUAUUCAACAGAGCAGACUGCUGACCUGGGGAGGGAUGAUGGAGGAGCAGGGAAAGGUUAAAGAUAUGUUAAUGAGAACAGUACUAGCUAACAGUAUGUACAAAUAUAAUAAAUUACAAAAAAUGUGUUUUCAGACAAAA